ACUGAAUAAGGAUGUGAGUUGCGAAUAUGGAUCGUAGUAAUUAGGUUUUGCUUUAAGUUAUUUAACAGGACAGAACAGGACUGAGUCAAUUCCUCUACAGCUGCCGAGGACCAGAGUGUUCCCGCGACGAUGACUCGAGCUCCCUUCCAGCCAACCGAUUUGAGUGAACGUGCCAAAUUUAUUUCCAUGUGGUUCAGUGGAAAGUCGAUUCGCACUAUCGCUCGGGAGACAGGCGUCAGUCCAUCCACAGUCUGCAGGUGGAUCAACCGGUGGCGCAAUGAGGGCAGCUUGUACAAUAGGCCUCGUUCUCAUUUAGUACACUGGCCUCUUUCUGCACGUAGGCAAGUUAUGAGUCUUUGUUUGCGGAGUUCAUUUCUUCACAGCUAUAAUGGUUGUGUUUAUCUGCAUCCUAAUGUUGCCCGUUAAUGUCUCCCAUAAUAAACAUCCAUUAGUUGGGCUAUAUCACUCUCAGAUAUUUUCAUAUUAUUUUCAUACUGCAAAGCUAUAUCUGUCACCUUACGAAAUCUUAAAAAUUUAUCAUAAUAUUUGAGGAAAAUAAGGCAAACUUUCAUACAUCAGCAGUAAUACUGCAAAAAAAAUGCCUUGAAGUAAAAUGCAGAAACAGUUCAUAGAGAACGUAUGGUGUGGAAGCAAGACAUGCAAAGAACACACCAGACGCGCACUGCUUCUUCACAUGUAGUUUUUGACUCAUGCUUUCGUAGGACCAGAAUUUUUGGAAUAUGUUUUCUUUUUUGUGAAAGGUCAUCGGCAGCUCAGCAUUGAAUAGAGCUGAUCUUGUUCUUAACUUCCACCUGAAUGUUGUGACUCAUUUCAUGGUAGGGUGUCAGUGCAUGACAGUUCCAGAGUUUUUCAGAUGAUUCUUCAUUCCUCCAAGUGUGAAGUUCUUGAAUGAAGCAUAAUGAUGUAUAGAAUCUCGCGCUCGUUCCGUCAGUGUUUUUAUCCUUGAGUAUUGCUACUACUAUUAUUAAACAGCAGAAGCAAUUAAAAACUUUCAUUAUGCCUAUGCAUUACAAUCAGGAAGCUAUCAACACACUCCCUGGUGCUCAAUACGUCUCUAAGAAUGAAUAACAAAUUACUUGGUUUGUUUCACCGUUCAGAUGGUGGCCGUCGCCUUGCUAACGUGGCUAUUCUUCCUCAGUACACAGUCCCUGCGGUCCGCUGCACUGCUGCGUCAGUCCUCAGAAAGCACAGCAACAGAAGAGCUAGCAGCAGUGCAAGGCGUCUGGGCGUCACAGCGUCAGCACCAGUGUCCGGCGCUGCUCUUGUCGGACAACCCUAGCCAGGUUGCUCUAACAUUCGUGAAGGAGGCCGAGGAGAAGCUUUCGCCACGCGGCAUCGUCGUCUUCCUGGUGACCCCUCAACAUAGGCAGGGUAAUGGAACGCUGGUGUACCUCAAGGCGACGAUCGACAAGGUUCGCCAGCUGGGAGGAGCGUGGCACUGCCUGUUGGUUGUGGUGGUGAGUGAUGACGCAGCCUUCUUUACCGCCUUCGCUCACCUGUCAUUAAGGCAUCACGCCCUCAGGUGGUCCACGAGGAUCCUGGUCCUCACUCGCCUCCCUCUCAGCCACCUUGGCGGCCUGCACGGCCUUCUCUCCACCAGGAACGCUAUGCUGCUCCUCGCGCACCAGGACCAGAAAACAAGAGAUGUCGGUGUAUACGUUGCGACGCCAUUCAGCCCCGCCACCAUCCAGCCCAGGAGGGUCGCCAGCUGGUCCCCUGACAAGACUUGGAGACAAGCUCUGCAGUCUCAGCUUUUCCCAGAAAAAUUCCUUGUGUUGGUGGAGUACACGUUGAAUAUUUGGUUACAAAUGAGCAACAUAUAAAGCUGAUGAUACUUCCUUAUAAUGCAGCUUCAACUUUUAGUACUAAAAACACUUUUACGAGCAGAUUCCCUUCAGCACCAACACUGACGGUGGCGGUGGAACUAAUGCCUCACCACUCCCUCACGUGGGUGGACGACCCGCUUGCCGCGGAGGGACGCCGUCUUCACUAUACUGGCGCCAUGGCAAAAAUUGUUGGUUAUCUUGCGGAAGGUGUUAAUUUUACGUAAGUUGUAC